AUGUCUGCGCCUGGUGGCGGUGCUCCAAGCCCCGUCCCUAGAGGCGGCAGCAUGGGUCCUGGGAACAACAUGAAUGCCCAGCAGCCUAUUCCAGGUGGUGCUCCAAUGCACCAUCAGCCACCUACUCCAGGGCCACCCCCACCCUCCACUGGUGCUAUGUCUCAGCAAAACCUUAACCAAAUUUCGCCCUUUGCCACAAAGAAUCCAUCUUCUGGGGACCCCCAGACACCAGUUGAUGAUGCCCGUUAA